UCAUUCUUAAUUAAGAUAUUCCUUCUAGAGCAGGCAAAACGGUCGGUUGGAUCGGGUUGAAUUCGAUCACUUUGGAUUCAGGUUCCUUCGGAUUUGGGUAAAAAAAAGAUGGAAUUAAUGUUGGUGGUGGCGGCGGUGGGUUUGAUGGUGUUAUGGUGGCACGUCGUGGCGGAGAUGACGAAGGAAAAGAGAGGAGAAGGGCCGAGGUGUUGGCCGGUGAUAGGUGCCAGCGUGGAACAGCUGGUCAACUAUCACCGGAUGCACGAUUGGCUGGUCAACUAUCUUUCCCGGUCAACGUCCGUCGUCGUCCCCAUGCCGUUCACCACCUACACUUACAUUGCGCACCCCGAUAACGUCGAACAUAUUCUCAAGACCAAUUUCUCCAAUUAUCCCAAGGGGGAAGUAUACCAUUCAUACAUGGAAGUGUUGCUAGGGAAUGGGAUAUUCAAUGUGGAUGGUGAGCUAUGGAGGAAGCAAAGAAAGACUGCAAGUUUGGAGUUUGCUUCCAAGAACUUGAGGGAUUUCAGCACUGUUGUCUUCAGAGAUUAUGCCCUCAAACUCUUCACCAUUCUCACCCAUGCUUCCUUCCUAAACCAACAAGUUGACAUGCAAGACUUGUUUAUGAGGAUGACAUUGGACUCAAUAUGUAAGGUGGGGUUUGGUGUGGAAAUUGGGACAUUAGCUCAAGAUUUACCAGAAAAUGGUUUUGCAAAGGCAUUUGAUGCAGCCAACAUUAUUGUCACUCUCAGAUUCAUUGACCCAUUGUGGAAAAUCAAGAAAUUCCUCAACAUUGGGUCUGAGGCCAUUCUUGACCAGAGCAUAAAAACCAUUGAUGACUUCACUUACUCUGUCAUCAGGAGAAGGAAGGCUGAGAUUGAACAUACUCAGAUGAAUGAUAAAUCUAUGAAGAAUGACAUACUGUCGAGAUUCAUUGAGCUAGGGAAGGAGCCUGAGAACAAGAUGGACGACAAGACCCUGAGAGACAUAGUGUUGAACUUCGUGAUAGCAGGGCGGGACACGACCGCCACCACCCUCUCGUGGGCCAUCUACAUGAUCAUGACCCACGAUGACGUGGCCGAGAAGCUCUUCUCCGAGUUGGAAGCGAUGGAGAAACUCCGUGCUGAGGAGGAGAACGUCUCGUUGCACGAGUACAGCUCCCAGGACAGGGAGUCACUCGACCUGAGGGCCAUGCAGUUUGCAGGGCUCCUGGGUUAUGACUCCCUGGCGAAGCUGUACUACUUGCAUGCAGUUGUUACUGAGACUCUCCGCCUAUACCCCGCCGUCCCCCAGGACCCGAAGGGGAUAUUGGAGGACGACGUGUUGCCAGACGGGACGAGGGUGAAGGCGGGAGGGAUGGUGACGUAUGUUCCAUACUCAAUGGGUAGGAUGGAGUACAACUGGGGGCCAGAUGCAUGUUCAUUCAAGCCAGAGAGGUGGCUCAAAGAUGGGGUUUUUCAGAAUGCAUCCCCAUUCAAGUUCACUGCAUUUCAAGCAGGACCAAGAAUAUGCCUGGGAAAAGACUCAGCAUAUCUGCAGAUGAAGAUGGCAUUGGCAAUACUGUGCAGAUUCUUCAAGUUUGAGUUGGUGGCAGGGCAUCCAGUGGAGUAUAGGAUGAUGACCAUUUUGUCCAUGGCUCAUGGACUCAAGCUUACUGUUUCACCAAGAUAACUCUGCUUAAUUAGCCUAAUAAGUAAUUAAUUAAUAAGAUUUUCAUUU